AUUAUACUGAUAUAUUCCCCUAACUGAGAUGGUAAGAGAAGACUAAUGACUGAAGAUUCAAGACUGUCACCUACUGAACAUGAGCUUCUAGAGGAGCUGCUUACCUACGAUGACCUCUUUCUGGAAACUUUCAAUGCUUUUCUGGCUCUGCCUGCUUUCCCUCUUAGACUGCAUUAUGACCGGCUCACAGGACGGCUACUGGAGCUGGAUGGCUUCCUCUUGGAGUGUCCCAGCCAGCUGCAAGUUGGGCCAAGUUCUCCUUGCUAUGGAGCAACUGAUACAGAGAGAGAAAAAGCCCUGAGAUGGUUAGUGCAGGAGCGCUUCCUCCCAUUUCAAAGGACUCUCUUUUACUUGGAAUACAAACUGGCAAAGCUGCUGAUAUGUCCUUUGGAUGAGAAGUACCCAGGGAGUCGCUAUGCAGUUCGUGGGUACAGUCGCCAGUCUGACAGUGCUGCCAUCUCCAGCAUCCCCAGCCAUUCAUCAACAGAGCAGCAGCCCACUGGAGUCCCAAGCCAGGUGCUGCUAAGACUUCCUAGCCAAACACGGAGCACUCCAGCCUGCCUAGGACAUUUUGCAAGCUCAUCUAGUCAAAUCUCCAGUGCAAUCUCCUUGGAGUUCCCAGGUGUCUUGAGCUUGGCCCAAUCUCCAAUUGCAGAACAUCUGAGCAGGCAGCAGCUAUGUGAACUCUUGCGUGACUCUAACAUACAAAGAGCAACUGGAAGAGUCAGAAGUGUCUGGGCCAAUGCUAGUGAGCCACUGGAAUCUCCAGUUCAUCUGAGCAGAGCUGCUCCUGCCUCCUUGCCUGAUCAAGAGUUCACGGAAUUCAUUGAUGAUUAUGGGAAGCCAUUCUUGGGACCUAGGAAGAUUUUGCAGUUUGACCUGAAGGAGACAAGUAGCCCUCAGGAAGGGGAAGGGGAUUCAUGUCUUUCUAAUGGCUUUGGAAAUGCUGCUCUGCAGCAGCUGAAAGAAGACAUCCUAGGAACUAGGGCUGGUAUGGAUAGCUUCAGGGAGUUCCUCCAUGGCACUCUGGGGAUCCACCUCUUUGAAUUCUGGAUUGACUGUGAAGAUAUUAUGGAGCACACGAGGCACAUGGAGAAGGCCAGAACUGUACCCCAGGAGACACAGCUGUUCUUUUUCAGUGCUCUUCGGAGCAUUCAAGCCAAGUACAAGCUGAUGCUUCCUCCUGCCUGUCGACAGCAGCUUGAUGAAACUACAAUCACUGAGGAGACAGCUUUUGCUGCCUUGAGCAAGAGCCAAUAUGAUGCUCUGAGGCGCCUGCGCUCCUACUGGGUCCCCCGGUUUCUCAUUCACCACCAGAGGACCAGGCAGCUCAGUUCAGGCUUUCCCAUCAAGGAGGAGUGCGUCUUGAGUGCGGACUUCCUGUUUUCUCUUAACACGGCGGCACUGCUUCCUGUCAUGGGUGACCAAAGGGACAUGAUGAGCAAUAUGGAAAGAAAUAACAACUGGAGAAUGCAAUUUAGGAAGAAUGGAAUAUGUGGAAUUGGUCUAACCAAGCCUUUGGACCUUCCAGCAGACCCCUUUGAAACACUGACUACCACCCGCUUUCUUCAGGUACUGAUGUGUGAUCUUGGGGAAGGCGAUGGUUUUCUUCACUAUUUGACUCGGUUCGAGGAUCCUCAGAAGUCCCAUAACUUGUUGCUGUGGAGGAAGCUGAAGCUCUAUGAGGUUGCAUGGGAGCAGCAGGCAAGCCAGUCUGAAAUCCACCAUCUUGCUUGGCAGAUUUUCCAGACAUUUAUGGUAUCUUAUGCAGGAUGCAACACAGGGCUUAGCUCCAUUGUACUAGAAUACAUACAGGAUCUUGAGAGGAUGCUUUCCUUUGGCAGUGAAGACUUGAAGCCUUCCACUUUUGAACCAGUGAUUCCCUAUGUGCUGGCUGUUCUGGAUGAGAUGUGGCUCUGCUAUCUUCGCCAUGAAAUCACAACCUUCCUUGAAUAUUGUGUACCAGAAUCUCACAUUGAUAUCCAAAGUGCCAUGAGUAAAGACAGUAGAGUAAAGCAGGAGAAAAAUGAGAGGAUAAAGAAGCAGAGGCAGAAAGCUUGCCUUCCUGAUCAAAAAGGCAGAGGGAGGUUCAGGAAAAGGAGCAGGAAGAAGGCAGCUUCUGAGUCUCGCCCCAUAGGCAGUGCUGACCAAGAGACUGCUGGAGAGAGGUCACCAAGCCCUCAAGAUGCACCAGACCUGCUCAGCAAUACAGUUGUUCUCAAUGUUUAUAGGAAGGCAGCUCAUAAAAUGCAGGAUGUGGAGCUGCAAAGGGUUCUGGAACUGCUCCAGGAAGUGGAGGCCUGCCAGGAUGGUGCUCAGAGUGAAAAGCAUCUAGACUGUGCAACAAGGCUUCUAGAUAUCUGGGAGAAGCCAGGAGCGGUGGGAACCAGUGUCUGUUUCCCCAAAGAGCUGAAGAUGAGGUUAAAAGAAGAGGUGGCCCAGGGUAGGAUAACUGACUUCAGCUGGAAUGAAAUCCGUCUCUCAUUGCAUUCCUUUGUUGCCCCUGCUUUUGAGUGGUUUUGGGAUGAAGUAAGUGAGGGGCUGAAGAAGCAUGGAGUGCAGCCCUCUCAGAUCCCAGAGGAGCGCUGGGGCAAGCUGGAGCCAUUCCUACACUCGAUAGCUGCCAAAGUGGCUCUCAGGCAUUUAAGGAGCCGGAAAGCUCAAGUUGGAUCAGCAGCUAAAGCUCGUCCUGGUAAGGAAGACAAGACCUCUUUCUGGCAGUCCCUAAGGAAGGCUGCAGAGGGCUGGCCCACCAUAGAGAUGCUCCAUUUCCUGAAACACCUCCAGGUGCAUGGCUCCCCUGUGCUGGAGAGUGCCCUGCAUUUUCUACUGGAGGUGCAGAAAUUUAAGAACGCUCACCAUGCCUGGCCAGACAUGGCUCUUCUGAAGAAAAAGGUCCUAGUGAUACGUGACUGUUUCCUCACCUCUCAGAUUGAGCCCCGACUGCAGGUAGCAGUGGAUACUCGGAGACUGGGGAGAGCUAUCCAGGCAGCCGAGCAGGCCCUCCAGAAGGAGAUUCCAGUACCACCUCCAAGCUUGUUUGAUGAGCUAAAGGAUACAGUCUUCAACAUCCUGCUGCCGUACUGGGCUGCUUUCCAAAAACACUGGCUCAAGCGGUCCCCUGCGAGUGCACAAAAAGCCCCAGGUCUUAACGUGUUCCAUGGAAAUGUGCAACUUAACCUCAACCUCCUUCCCGCUAACCAGCAGAUGUUGAGAAACCAGCUGCUCCUCCAGAAAAGACAGGCCAUGCACGAAAGGGGGCAAAGCCCACCAGAGCCCAUCCGGCUGCCACCACUCCAGCGGCCCAGAGGAGUCCAGGGAAGCAGGUGUCAGGAUGGAUUUACCUACAACUUCUCCAUCAGCGAAGGCCUCAUCCUACAGGACAUGAGCAAAGAAGUCAUGAAUCACAGCAAAACUAGCUCUUCUGUGCUUGGAAAUAGGAAGGGGUCAACUGCAUUUCAGUUUCCUUCACUUCGCAAUGUGAGGAAGGAUGAAAGAAGGUGCCAUUAUUCAGAUCCCAAGACUUUGCAUUAACUAAGUCGCAGUCAGGAGCAGGCUAUGAAGUGUUUUAGAUUCCUGUUCUGCAGAAGAGCUAGCUUAACAGAGGGAAACCCAAGAACAAGUUCAUAGCUAAUAGGUGGUUCAGCUGAGAGCAUGUAUGAACUGCAUGCACACAUACAUUUCUUGCUGUUGGCCAAGAUAGUAGAGCAGAAGAUUUAACACUCAGAGAUGAAAACGUUGAAAUUCCUUUGGCUGCCAAAAUGUCGUCAGGAACAGCUCUAAGGGCUUUUACAUAAUAACUUCACCAAUGCAAGAUUGGUCCCUAAUUUGUCCAAAAGUGCGGUGUCUUCUGGGGCACUCCUGAGAAUUUCUAGCUCUUGCCCUAACCUAUUUGAACUCAUUUGACAAUAGCUAGCCCCUUAAUUCUUGCAAAACUCAUAUAUUAGGAGCAGCUAGAAGCUGCUAUCAGACUCCAAUUGUGAAGUGAUGUUAGAAGUUAGUUGUACAAAUGAGGCUUACAGUUGACUUGGUAUUUCCAACCUUACCUUUGGGAGCCCACAGCUGGGGAGCCACACAUUUACUAUAAUUGCCCCCUUAACCCAAAUAGCCUCAUCGGUUAUCUCGCCUGUAAACUCCUUUGGAGGCUAUAUUGGGGUUGCCAAGCUCUUACAUUCCUUCUCUCCCAGCCCAGUAAUACAUUUUGGGGAUGGGAAGGUACUUAAAACAUGUGGCUGUAACCUUAGAAAGACUACUGAUGGCAAAAUAUUACCAACUUUUGGUAAAUAUAAGCAGAUACAAAGGGAUGGUACAAAUGGGAGAUGAACCAACGACAGAUGUAAGCAGUUUAAACUGAGCCAGCAGCCACCAGAUAGCUAAAAGCAGGUGGAUGUUGAGUUCUGAUGACCAUUUCAUUUCAUAUUGCCCACUCUCAGCCAGUCCGUAUUUGAUCUGCCUUACAUUUCAUCCUAAACUCGCUGCAGCAUCCAGGACACUGAGCUAGUUAUACAAAUGGAUUGUAAAGCUCUUCUGUGUUAUACUCAACCCCUAAUACAUACUAAUGGGACAAAGCAAAGAUUGAGCAGCAGCAAUAGGCCUUGUUAUGCAGUUGUGUUACUGCUCAUACUUUUUCACAAGGACAUAUCUCUGUAAACUGUUGAGGCAAAAUCUUCAAGUUGUUUCUCACGAUAGCAAUAAAGCCAUCACUGUUUUAGAGGCAGCAGAUAGCAGGUCCCUUUUUGUACUACAUAAAACAUGGCAGUCCUUGCUGAUGUCAUCUGACUGCAUCAGUGAGGAACAAUUCAAAAGGAACAGCAGGGUAUUAGGACCAAUUACAAGAUCAUAAAGAAAUGAGCUGGUUUCAUUUCUUCAUCAGGCUGGCUGUUAGGAAAAGCAAAUAACCCAAAAAAAGGGAAGGGGGAAGAGAGAAAAGGGUGCUGCUGAUAUUCUCCUCUACCUUUUUUUCUUAGGGCUUUGUUUUGUGUUUUUGCUUAAAAUUGAGUCUGAUGAA